AUGGACCAGGAGGAGGCCCCACCGCCCUACUCUGCUGUCGAUCCAUUAGAACCGCCGGCGAAUAACAGGAACAAUACCUCGCAACGAAAUUCAGCUCCUUUACGCAGGAAUAAUGCAGGGUCAUCAGGCGCCGGCAGCUCUCGGACUGCUGAGCUACCUCCAACAUCGCCUGCCAUUGUGCCCAUCCAUUUCACUUCCGCCGUGGCUUACUUCGAGGAGAGACCCCCACUCGUACUGGACGACAGUCGGAGCAUUCUGCACCACCACAUGACUAUAUACCCCCGCAGCCAAGCAAAGGACUUUCCCCGACGGCCUCGCUGCUGGGCAUCCCGUACGGACGAGAUAUCCCAACAGGAUUGGGACACCUUCCUGCGCUACCUGUUCCCGCCCGAAUUAGGUUUAGCUGCUUCCUCGCAACAUCUCCCCCGCCAAUUGCGAGCGGAGAUCCAGCGGGACCGCAAGGAUAGGCCUCAGGAGACAGAUGACCAGCGACAAGCUCGCAUUGUGGCGGUGGUUGAUGAAUGGAAUCAAUGCUUUUUCGAGCCUCGCGCCACUAACAUUACAUUUGCUUAUAUUGGAGAGCCCGAUGCAGCUCCUUCGUCAGCACUGUGUCCCCAUUGUUACCCUGCGGCAACCAAGGCGACACAGGGCAAUGGAGCCCCGGCUUCUACAGAAGGACAGUCUCCAUGGAGCUCAAACACGCCAUCCCCUGUGCCAGGGCAGUAUGCCCAGUCGCAGUCGCCAACAGCUUGGCCUUAUGCCCCAGCUGCUCCAUAUGGACUCCCUCCUGGUACCAUGCCGUACGGAGCUCCAUAUGGUGUUCCCCAGUUCCCGGGUCACGGUCACUACCCUCCACAUCCGCCUCAAGGCGUCGCACCCUGGCAAUGGAAUAAUUGGGCGUACGCUCAACCUCAAAAUGAGAACUCUGGUACCUCCAAGGGUGCAUUUGGUUGGUUUUCAAAUAUCACAGCUCAAGCACAGAAAUACGGCGAGCGCUUUGCAGAGCAGGCCCAACAUUAUGGUGAUCAGAUCAGCGCACAGGCUAUGCACUACGGCCGGCAGGUUGAGGAACAAGCCUUAGCACAUGGUCGAUGGGUCGAAGAGCAGGCUCGAUUUGGUCGAAAGCCAGAUGCAUACCAACCGACUGGUUAUCCUCCUCGGCCUCCUUGGCCCCCUGGUCAGACAACUGGGUCUCUGUAUAAUACGCCAACUCCCCCAACCCAACCCUCAUCAACUGAACUUCCGGUGCAACCGUCGCCAACCGAACCUCCGGCGCAACCCACAGCCAUGGCUGCAACCACUACUCAAAACAGAAGUCAAAGCCAGCCCCAAACUCAAGCUGAAAAUCAAGAUCAAAGUCAAAUUCACAGUCAAAGUCAGAGCCGCAGCCAAAAUGAUGCCAAAGACAUAGCUCUCGCCGAAAAAACGCGCCGCCUAUCCAUCAGCUCUGCAUCAUCCCAAUCGUCUCUCAGCUCUCUCGACUCCCUAUCUACCACUUCUGAUCUCGAUGCCUCGGACUUAGCCACAGUCCGCACCCAGCUCCAAUCUUUGAACGACCGGCACGACCGUACUCUAUAUGACGCAGCGGCUGAUCUUCGCCGUCAGCUCGACGUUCUACAAGUGUCUCGCCGCGAGGCACGAUUCUCUGGCCGGUCGAAUUGGCGUCCUGGGGCCAAGAACCAAAAUCAACAAAUCCCCAAACCUGAUAAUAGUGACUGGGGUCGAUGGGACUCACCUGAGCAGCAACAGCGGCAGGCUGCUGAACGUCGCGCCUUCAAAGAGGAACAUCGUGCCACCAAGAAGGCUUUUCGGGAUGUGGUUCGCCGAGCGCGUGAAGAGCAUCACAGUCUAAGACGGGCUCAUAAAAAUCAUCGACGCCAUGGCCAUAGUCCUGGCCAUGGAAAGCAUCAUUGGUCUAUGGACAGUAGCAAAAAGAAGGAUGAGGGUGCCCUGGCUGGGCGCAUGGAGAAUCUUGCGCUCAACGAGUCUCAGCAAGCUCCCACUCGUGCGCAAACGGCACCUGCUGUUCAGACUUCUUACCCUAAUUCAAGGAUUCCGCCUAUGCGUGCUGAGACUAGCUCGGGAACCAGCACCCCUGGCUCGAAUACGCCUUCUUCCUCUCAGGCUAGCAUGCAGGGGUUUCCGAGCGAACUUCCUGAUCGCAAGGGCAAAUCGGCCCCACAGACAAGAUUAAGGGACAAGCUGAAGCCACGCCUCUCCAAGAAGCCGCAGCAAAGUGACUCUGCGGCAUCCCGAGACGAAGGAUCUGACAAGAAGUCAUCUUCGAAGAAGAAGGGGAAGGAUUAA